GCCAGUCAGUUGUUCGGCGGGUCGAGUUACAGCGGGGUGCGAGAUAUGACGACCGGGUGGUAGUUAGUUGGCGCUCCUGGUUAGCGCACCGUCUCUGCGAAACAGGUGGGAGCCGAGCCGUGUCAUAAGCAGCAGCAUGGCGCAGUCGCACAUCCUGUCCGCCGUGGAGCCCGAGCUGGCCGGCAGGGGCGUGGCCGGGAAGGGCGACCCGUCGGAGCGGGACCUCAGCAUCACGCUGGACGACCGCGACCUCUGGACCAAGUUCCAGUGCCUCACCAACGAGAUGAUCGUCACCAAGAACGGCAGGAGAAUGUUCCCUGUGGUGAAGGUAACUGCUUCUGGCCUAGAUCCUGCAGCCAUGUACACAGUGCUGCUGGAAUUUGUGCAGAUAGAUCCCCACAGAUGGAAGUAUGUGAAUGGUGAAUGGGUACCAGGGGGGAAGGCAGAGGUGCCACCUCCAAAUCCCAUAUACAUUCACCCAGAAUCACCCAACUUUGGUGCUCACUGGAUGAAAGAGCCCAUUUCAUUUGCAAAGGUUAAGCUCACAAACAAGACAGAUGGAAAUGGACAGCAGAUAAUGUUGAACUCUCUCCACAAAUAUGAGCCUAGAGUUCACCUAGUAAAGGUCGGAUCAGAGCAACGCAGAGUUCUUACAUACCCUUUCCCAGAGACACAAUUCAUUGCUGUUACUGCUUACCAAAAUGAAGAGGUAACAUCAUUAAAAAUAAAGUAUAAUCCCUUUGCUAAAGCAUUUCUGGAUGCAAAGGAACGACCUGAUAACAUUUAUCAAAGAGAAUUCAUGCAAGGAUAUCCUCAAACUCAGCAGACGCAGUACCCUCAAUACAGUUCCUGGUUGUUGCCGCAGCCAGUUUAUUCUCCACUAUCAUCCCCAUGUGACAGGCAUCAUGCGACAUUGCGGAACCCGCGAACUUCUCCGUAUCCUACAGUACAGCAACAUCGCACCAACAAGCCCCUGUCAUCCACACCUCCUCCCCCACAUGUCGCCUACUCCGAGCCACAGUCGACAACUGCAAGCAUGUUCAGCCCACCGACAAGUUUUGCGUGGUCAGUCACAUCAGCACAACCAAUGAGCUCGCCUUCAGCAAACAUCGGAAGCAGUGGGGCGUGGUCGGUGCCCGGAAGCUCGACGCCACCACCCACUCACUCCCUGGGGACACCACCACCACCUCCCCCACCAUCAGCGGGAUAUGCUACUUGGCAUCAUCUUGGAACAAUGGACCUGGCAGGCCAAGGGUCACCUUACCACCAGCACUAUCAGGGAACAGAGUUCCUGCCACUCAUAGCAGAUGAGCCCACAACGGCCCCAGCUCCCGAGUACCAUCAGCCGUCACCUCAGCCGCAGCAGCGAUCCUCUCCGGUCUCCCUGUAUCGGCACGAGAAGACCGAACCAUACAGCGACGAAGGCACGGGAUCGCCAGCAUCACGCAACGAGUGCUGGAGUCCACUGCCUCAUGCUACACUGUGAUUUUUGUGUUACUCUAGGUAACAGUCAUAUUUAAGUCUUUCCGAAUGAACGGUACAUGGAAAAACAGAAAUUUGUGAAGUGUCGGUUGUGAAAACAUUUUUCUUCUUCUUUUAACAAGCAAGUUUGCACCUCUACAUUUCAAUAAAUGAAUAGAAUACAGAGGAACUGAACUGUACAGCCAAUGUCUGUAAAAGUGUAUAUAAUCAUGGAAUCCUAUUUGAUUCAACUCAAAAAUUUCCAAAGCUAGGUAUCUCAUUUCUUGUAUGUAAAUAAACAGUUUAUGGAUUGUAUUGCAAACAAACCCCCAUUUGCUCUAAUGAGUUUUGUCUUAUACCACCAAGAUAUAAUUUGACACUAUGUUUACUGAUAAAGCAGAAAAAUUUGUAAACAUACAUUUUCAGACAAUAUGUAGAUUUAGUAUCAUAGUAAGUCCUUAUUGUACAUUAAUGAUGUUAAUAGUAGUGUAUUGCAAAGGUUAUCACAUGUUUAUCGAAAGUGUAAAAUGAACAUUCUGUCAUGCUGUUCCUGCUACUGAAAUCAAUGUACUAUUGGUCUAAUUUUCUGUGUGCUUUGUACAUAGUAUCUGCAAAAGGUAAAGAGACAAACUUCAUCUCAUGUAAAACUUCUUUUCCAGUGGGACAAAGGUACUGCUUGUAAUGGACCACCUGCUAGAUGAUCAUUCACUUCAAAACAAAUAAACAAACUGAUGUCAUAAAUUGAUAUUCAACCAGCAAGGGCCGCUAAAGCAAUUCACACAACAUUGUUGUGUCUCUGAGGCUGGCAGCAGUUGUGCACAAAACACUAGCAUCUAAAACUAGAGUGUCACAUGAUCAUGUGCAGUAAUGGUCCAUAUGAAAGUUUAAAUGUAAAUCAAGCUAGACAAAAAGGAAUUAAGAAAGAAGAAUAUACUGUGACAUAAUUUUUAUGGAAGAUACAGCUUUGACUUUCUUCGAGGGCUGGCUGUUCCUUGGCUGACCACACACAGAAAGCAUUCACUGUAAGGUUAAUUAAGUAAAGCAUUCCAACUGAUGGUCCAGCUGUUGCUUUGAAUUGUAUAUAUUGGUGCCUCUACUGAAGAACAGAAGCUCCCAGGGUGCCUUAUCACUCAAUAGAUUCUUGGAAUGUUUUGCAAAGAAGUCACAACAUAAAUUUCAAUACAAAUUUAAUAUAAAUAUUACCAAAACAUGCAAUAUACUGAAUUUUACUACCUUAUAUAAAAUAAUGCCAUUUUGGAAAGAAGCGAAAGUGUGCUAAAUGGCGACCACUGCUUCCAUUUUUGAUAAGAAUAAAUUAUUGCAAAUAAUAUUUUUAAACAGCAUGAAUUCAACUUCAGUUCAAACUGGUCAUACCAAAUAAACUGUAAAAUGGCAAGUAAAACAGUUCGCAUUUCACUCUUUUAUAGUUACAACAGUUUCGUGUGUUUGUGAGAAUUCUCUCAUUCAUUUUGCGUUGCCCUAUUAUAUAAUACUUGUGAAAAGGCUCAUUUGUAAUUAUGGGGCUCAUGUGAAGACUGCAAAUGUAGCAGUUGGAAAAAAAAUUGUUCAGUCACAUAAAUAUUUAUAUGUUGCUACUGUAAAUGAACUGUAAGUGAAUAUAAAAUCAAAUUUUUGGCUAUAGUAAUAAAAUAUUUUAUCACAUACA